GUGUUGGCCGGGACAUUCCAGUUUUUCCAGUGGACUGUCGAUUUGACAACUGGAAGGGUGUUUACUUUACACAGAAAAUUUGUGUAUAUUUUUCCUCAAAGAAAAUGACUGAAAUAGAGGAAAGUGCUGGGCAGAAAACAACGGAAGUUAGUGAAGAUGGUCCUGAGGAAUCCCAAAAGUCUGAAAGUAAUUUAAAAAGAGCACGUGAGGAUGAUGGAGAGAGUGCAGCGAAGUACAGAAAAGUCGACGGGGAGCAUACAAAAGUGGUGGCAAAGCACUACAAUACCCUGGAGGAGAAGGGUCUGGCCGAGAGGAAUAAAUCCCGCAUCUUCUACCUCCGGAACUUCAACAAUUGGAUCAAGAGUAUGCUCGUGAAUGAGUACACAACGAAAGUGAAGGAUAGUCUGCAAGUUGGGGCUCCACUGAGGGUCCUGGACAUGUGCUGCGGCAAGGGAGGUGAUCUGCUGAAGUGGCAGAAGGGGGGCAUCUCUCAUCUAAUCUGCACAGACAUUGCAGAGGUGAGUAUUGAUCAGUGUAGGGCGAGAUAUGAAGCCCUCGCUGCCAGAAGUAAGAGAUUCGCUCCGGAUUUUACGGCUGAAUUCUUCGUCUGUGACUCCACCCUGGAUCGCCUACGGGAGCGCUACAGGGACCCAUCGGUCGAUCUCAAUCUCGUCAGUUGCCAAUUUGCCUUUCACUACUGUUUCGAGUCUCUGCCUCAGGCUGAAUGCAUGAUACGCAAUGCAUCGGAAUGCCUGAAACCCGGAGGAUUUUUCAUUGGUACCAUUCCCGAUGCCAAUGAAAUAAUGCGACGGAAGAAACUCUCGGAUUCUGACACAUUCGGAAAUGAUGUGUAUAGCAUAACAUUUCAGUGUGACACGGAGAAUCCGCCCCUUUUUGGAGCCAAGUACAACUUCCACCUGGAAGAUGUUGUCGACUGCCCCGAAUUCCUCGUGCAUUUCCCAACUCUGGUGAAGCUAGCACGGAAAUUUGGUCUUGAACUUGUACUGAGGGAGCGUUUUGGGGAUUUCUACCAACGGAUGAUACCCCGUGGAAGGGGAUUGAUAGAGAAGAUGCAAGCCCUUGAGACAUAUCCACCAUUUUACGAAGGGAAUCUCAACAGCACAACUCCCCAUGACUACAGCCAUGCUCAGGAGUUUCUCGAUAAAUCUGGCUCUCAUGGGAGGUAUUCCAGGCGUCUUGGGACUCUCUCGAAGUCCGAAUGGGAGGCUGCAAGUCUCUAUUUGGUUUUUGCCUUCCGGAAGAUGAAGAAGGUGUGGAACAAGGAAGGUAAGCCCGAAUUCAUCCAAUGAAGUCAACAGUCUGACCAUCCUGACCAUUUUAUUCCAAGUGGAAUAUAUCCAUAAAAGGCGUCUUGGACAUCACGAUGUGAUUGUUUUAUGUUGUACAGAAUUUUGAGUGACAAAAUUCCCAAAAAUUCAUAUAUUUUAAAAUGUUUCAAUUUUUUUCUAGUAAUAAAUAGAAUUUUUUUGAAAAAUUUCAAAAAAAAAUGAAAAAAAAUCAUAAUUUUGUGGAAGGCCGAGGCGGAACCCCGGCGGAACCACUACACACUAAAAGAGAACACGGAACACUAAAAGAGUCGCUUGGAUCUUGCAUAUUUUUUUUAACCCUUUAACGACGAGACACUACGGUCUGAAAAUCAACAAUAAAAAUUAAACUGAGAAACAUAAUGAAUGAUAAGUCUUACAUCUAACCUUGGAAAGUCCAAUAGAGCAUGAUUUGGUCUAGGAUGAUUAAUUAAUGGAUGAAGCAUUUUAAUUCACAAAUGAUAUAUUUUUCUUAAAUUCUUUAUUAUUUUUAAGCUUUAUAUCCCACAAAAAUAAUAUAACACGAAAUGGUAGCCACAUAUACAGAGAAUAUAUUUAUAUUGAAUUUAAAAUUUUACUGGUGUUAGGGGAAAGGCUCAUAAUUUUGUCCAGUUUCUUAUUUUGGACACUUUGAGGAUAAAAUUGGACACUAAAAAUAAAUUGAUUAAAAUUAUGGAUCUUUAAUCCAAUAUUUGAUGAAUAAUGAAUUCUAUCUAAAUAUUUGUUCUUUUUGGAAGAUUUUGACACUAAAUACGUUAAAUUUUGAAUAUGAUUUGAGUUGAAAUUGCUUUGUUGAAAAUUCAGUGUGAGCAAUUGCUUACGAGAAAUAUGACAGAACUUCGUGUUUACUUCAGUCUUAUUUAGCUGUGGUGAAGUACUAACAAUUUUUCUUCGCUCUUUUUGAAUGAUGAAUAUUCAUUGAAUAGUGUGUUGAUUCACGUUAGUGGUGAUUUGUACAUUUGACCUGAAGUGAGAUUUGCCUUGUGAAUUAGAUUUUUCGUGUGAAAAAUGGGAAAUUUUUUAAGACAUUUACCGGUGAGGUGAUGGCUCUUAUUUUGGACAGGUGUUUUUCUCAUGAAAUUUCGUGAAGUUUUAGCUUUUGUGAUGACUUGGUUGGACAAAUGCCUGGAGAAACAAAGGAGCAUCAUCUCUACGAACGAGAUGUAGCGAGAAAUGCGUUGAAAGGCUCCCGGAAAGGCCAGGGAAUGAGCGAAUCCGCACGUACUUGGAGUACCGAAGUCAACUCACUUUAAUGAAUGAUAUGGAAAGUUUCCAUAUCAUUCACCAUAAGUUGUCCAAAUUAAUAACCAAGUUGUCCAAAAUAAGAGUCAAAUUCACCUCUACAUAUCAAUUCAUUUUUAAACGUAUUAAAACUAAUUUCAGUAAAAAUAAGACGAUAAAUAGCUUGCCAAAUUUCUAAACAACCCUUCUGAAAAGAGAGUAACAAGAAAUGUCAAUUAGUAUUGAAAAUAUCGCACUUCAAACUUGGAACUCCGAUGCUUAUAAGCAGACUGUCCAAAAUUAUGAGCCCUUACCCUACAGAUAGAAAAUUUUUCAGAAAAAUUCAAAAAAAAUGCGAAUUUUACAUCUUUUUCAUAAAGGUUUUAGGACUAUUAUCCUCGUG